AAUUGUCGUCGAAAUAAAUUAUAAGUUUAAGCAAAAUGUUUUCGUUUUGUCGUUUAUGUGCAAAAUGGAUGGAUAGAACGGAUUUAUUUACAGAAUUAUCUGAAUUGCAGUCAAAACUUGUCUUCUGUUGUAGCUGGAAACCAUCGCAAAAUGAAGAAAAAAUGCCUAAAAAAGUAUGCAAUUCAUGCGUUGAGAAGCUGGAAAGUUGUUGGAAUUUUAUCGAAUCUAUUUGGGCUGCCGAGAAACAACUCAAUAAACUCAUAUUUGAACCAGUCGAAAUAAGCACCAUAGAAGUUACUCCAUAUUUGCAAGAGGUAAAAAACGAAACGACGAUGCCAAAGCUUAAAGAAUUCUCAAUAUCAUUGGAAAGGAUAAAAAUACCCUUCGAUAACGAUAACAGUGCUGAAACAAACAGUAUUCAAGCUGAUGAUUUUAAUAUAUUUGAUGAUGAUGUCUUUGGUGAACCGAUAAAGUACUCAGAUACUGAAAGCGUUGAACCAAAUAAAGGCGAUAAGAAAGAAAAUGCCAAAAAGAAGACAAAAAAUAGAAAAAGGCAACAAGAUCGAUUUCUUGCUAAUAUUUCACCGGAAGAUUGUCUUAAUAGCGGGAUUGUAAGCGAUAUUGGUAUUAAGAAACUAGAGGAACUACUUCCAGACAUGAAAACAAUAUCAUGGAAUGACAUUCAAUACAAAUGUGAAAAAUGUGAUCGAAACUUCAUAGGGCAGACUAAUUUUUAUGUACAUAUUCGUGCAAUUCAUUCGGAAGAACUUAUGUCCUUUGAUGUACCAUGUUUUUACUGCAAUUGCAACUCAAAACAUCGACGUGAUAAUGCACUCAAUAAACAUAUAGCUAGUAAACAUUUCAUACAUUUGAAAUAUCGAUGCGCACAUUGUCCUGACUAUUUUUGGAAUAGAAUCGAAUUGACGAAACAUCAAAAAAUGCACACAAACCUUGAAUUUACAUGCGAAUUAUGUGGUCAAGUUUUUGCAAGUCGAAGCAUUUUUUAUGCCCAUAUAACACUGAAUCAUUUUAAGAAAAAGAAACCGGAGUUGGACGAAAAGUAUAUAUGCGAUAUUUGUAAAAAGGAAUUCACAACAAAAGGAGGCGUCAGGAAUCACAUGCUAUUACAUACAAAAAAAUUCGAUUAUGUGUGCCAUCAGUGUGGAUGGAAAUUUAAAGCCAAAGGUAAUCUCAAGGAGCAUCUCAAUAGCGCACACACAACUGUAAGAGCCUUCAAAUGCAUGUGCGGCAAAAGGUUUAAAACGAAGCAUCAAUUGAAUAACCACGCCAAGCAUCAUGAACCGAUUGAUGACGUCAAAAAUUUUGUAUGUGAAGUUUGUGGCCGAAAAUUCCGACGACCUUACACACUAAAUGUCCAUAUGCGGAGCCACACCAAUACUUGUCCUUAUACUUGUCGAUUCUGCGGAAAGAGCUUCCGUCACAAUAUCACUUUACGGACUCAUGAACGAGCGCACACAGAUGACAAACCAUAUCCAUGCCCAAUUUGCGAAUACAGAUCAACUGCAAAAGGAAAUUUAAACAAGCAUAUGAUGCGCGUUCAUUCUAUUGACUAUCGAAAUCACCUUAAUUAUCCGGAGGACAAAAUUCAUCAGGAUACAGUUUAACUCGAAUAUUUUCUUAGUAGCCUUAAUUUCACUUUUGACAGUCAUCAUAAAUUUUAUGUCUUGACAAUGGAAAA